GGGGCUGCGGGCGGGGCGGACAGCCGCAGCUGGGGCGCGCACUCGGUCUGGCCGGGCCUCAGCAUGGCUCAGCCACUGCUCAGGAAGACCUUCUCCCGCCUGCGGGGCCGGGAGAAACUUCCCCGGAAAAAGUCCGACGCAAAGGAGCGCGGCCACCCAGCCCAGCACCCAGAGCCCAGCACCCCAGAGCCAGAGCCUCAGGCCCUUGAAGGACGGCAGGCUGGAGCAGAGGGGCCUCCCAGUCCUGAAGCUCCUCGCAGCCCUGCUCGGGGUGCCUACCUGCAAAGCCUGGAAUCCAGCAGCCGCCGAUGGGUACUAGGUGGGGCCAAGCCACCAGAGGAGGUAUCUUUGGGGCCUGGGACACCCAGCAGUGGCGAGCCUGCUGGUGAGAUCUGGUACAACCCUAUUCCUGAGGAAGACCCCAGACCACCAGCACCUGAGCCCGUCAGAUCACAACCAGCCUUAUCUGAGCCAGAAGGCCCAACCGUCCAAGGUACAGCCCCUGCCAGUCCUCCUGUAAAAACCUCCCGUACCAAGUCCCCGGGCCCUGCCAGGCGCCUGUCCAUGAAGAUGAAGAAGCUGCCUGAGCUGCGCCGCCGCCUGAGCCUGAGAGGUACCCGCACAGGCCGGGAGCGCGAGAGGACCGCCCCAGCAGGCUCUGUCAUCAGCCGCUACCACCUGGACAGCAGCGUGGGGACUCCUGGGCAGGCAUCAGUGGUUGGAGGCACCAGAAGUCCAAGGGCUGGGUACCUCAGUGAUGGGGACUCCCCCGAGCGUCCCGGAGGACUCCCAUCACCCACUGCCUUCCGGCCUUAUGAGGUGGGCCCAUCAGCCCGGGCGCCUCCAGCAUCACUCUGGGGGCGCCUCAGUCUGCACCUGUAUGGGCUUGGGGGUCUGCGGCCAGCUACGGGGGCCACUCCAAGAGAUCUCUGCUGUCUGCUGCAAGUGGAUGGGGUAGCCCGGGCCCGCACAGGGCCACUGCGAGCGGGACCAGACUUUCUGAGGCUGGACCACACCUUCCAUCUGGAGUUAGAGGCUGCUCAGCUACUUCAGGCCCUGGUACUUGCAUGGGACCCUGGUAUGAGGCGGCAUCGGCCCUGUGCCCAGGGCACUGUGCUACUGCCUACGGUCUUCCGAGGGUGCCAGGCCCAGCAACUGGCUGUCCGUCUGGAACCCCAGGGGCUACUCUACGCCAAGCUAACACUGUCAGAGCGGCAGGAGGCCCCUGACACUGCAGAGCCCCGGGUCUUCGGGCUGCCCCUGCAGCUGCUGGUGGAGCGGGAGCAGUCCCCAGGACAGGUGCCUCUCAUCAUCCAAAAGUGUGUCCGGCAGAUCGAGUGCCGAGGGCUGCGGGUGGUGGGGCUGUACCGUCUGUGUGGCUCAGCAGCAGUGAAGAAAGAACUGCGGGAUGCCUUUGAGCAGGACAGUGCGGCCGUGUGCCUCUCUGAAGACAUAUACCCUGAUGUCAACGUCAUCACGGGCAUCCUCAAAGAUUAUCUUCGGGAACUGCCCACUCCGCUCAUCACCCAGCCCCUCUACCAAGUGGUGCUGGAGGCUAUGGCCCAAGGGCACCCAAGCAGAGCUUCCCUGGGUCCUGAGGGUACCAGAGGGCUCCUCAGCUGCCUGCCAGAUGUGGAAAGGGCCACACUGACACUUCUCUUGGACCACCUGCGCCUCGUCUCCUCCUUCCAUGGUCAUAACCGCAUGACCCCACAGAACUUGGCCGUGUGCUUCGGACCCGUAUUGCUGCCCGCAAGACAGGCACCUACACGGUCCCGCAGCACCCGUAGCUCUGGCCCAGGCGUCACCAGCGCAGUGGACUUCAAGCGCCACAUCGAAGUCCUUCACUAUCUGCUGCAGUCUUGGCCAGAUACCCGCCAUCCCCCAGAGGCUCCAGACAUUCCACUAUAUUUGCGGCCCAAACGACAGCCGCUGCACUUGCCGCCAGCAGCCCCAGUAGUGACUAGACCCCGUGGCCACGGAGGUCCAGAAAGCCCCCCAAGCAACCGCUAUGCUGGUGACUGGAGUGUGUGUGGGGGAGAUUUACUGCCACGUGGGCGGGACUUCCUGUCUGGGCCUGACUAUGACCAGGUGACUGGCAGUGACAGUGAAGAUGAAGAUGAGACCAGAGAGCCGAGUGGCACUGCUGACUUUGAAGAUGAGUUUGAUGCACCCUUCAACCCACACCUGAAUCUCAAAGACUUUGACGCCCUCAUCCUAGACCUGGAGAGAGAACUCUCCAAGCAAAUCAAUGUGUGCCUCUGAGCCCCCGACCCUGGCCCACAGGACCCUAGUUACUAAGGAAUUGCUUCCUGGUCGCUAGGGACCAGGUUUUGGUUACCAGGGACAGGGUUCCUGAUUACUAAGACAAUGUCCCAUGACCUAAGAGGGCUCAGGCCAAGCACCUGGUUGCUUGAGCUAAGAAUCAUUUCCAGUUUCUAGUACCCAAUAUUUGGGUAUUAGUUGCAAGGGCCAGGCACUGGGGAGUUCAAAAGAGUAGCCAUCAGGACCACCUCUCCUGCACACUGGGGCUCCUCUGUUCUGCUUGCCUCCCUUUUGCAAGGGAAAUACCAAUUACUGUGAGCAUUACCUUGGGUUGUUGAGACGUCCUUAGUUAGUCCUCUUGCUGCUGUCAACCAAACCAGUAUUAGCUUUGAGCACUACACUGUUUCUCCCUCCCUUGGAGGAUCUAAAGACAAUCAUGAGGUUCUGUUGGAGGGAAAGAGCCCAAAAGUUGAGCUCUAUUUGGGGAUUACAGAAAAACAGCAAGCUUCCUCCACUCUUCCAGGGAAGACUCCAUGAUGAGCCUUCAACCAGCAAAUGGAGACAGAAUCUAACCCCUCCUUUCCCCAGCCAGUCCCUCCCCAUCCCUGAAAAAACUGAGCACUUAAACACCUCUCUUUUGGAGGGACCCAGCCUGAGGUGCAAGGCUAGGGGCACUUUGGUACGGAUAUUUAUUGCCUCCAUGCAUGUGUGUGUCUGUGUGUGAGGACUUGUGUGCACUGACCUGUCUGGAGUGGGCAUGUGGGACUCUUUCAGGGACCACAGAGUGGGGUAGGACUUGCCAUGUCCAGGCACCCCGGAAUCCCCAGUGAUCAGGUGGAAGAGCUGGGUCCCCUUCCUGUCUCCCACUUCUUCCCACCGCUUCUAGCUUUGUGGAUAAUAAACCAGUAUACACA